AACUUUGACAAAUAAUAUAUCUGAUAAUCAUUGUACAAAAUUCUCGUUGUCUUUGAUCAUCUCUCUUUGCACAAUGGCAAUCACUACAUUACUCUCGGCAGUCUCGAGAAGGUUAGAAGGUAAAGUGGCUUUGAUCACCGGAGGGGCCAGUGGGAUAGGCCAAAGAACCGCCGAAGUCUUUGCCCACCAUGGAGCCAAACUAGUCCUAGCCGAUAUCCAAGACGAGCUAGGCUACUCCGUUUGCCAAUCAAUAGGCAGCGGCACCGCCCAAAACGACGUCACUUACGUCCACUGCGAUGUAACCGAUGAAUCUCAUGUCAAAGCCGCCGUAGAAAGAGCCAUAAAGUCCUAUGGAAAGCUAGACAUAAUGUUCAACAACGCCGGCAUAGUUGAUGCCAACAAGUCUCGAAUCAUAGAUAACGAGAUGGCCGAUUUCGAACGCGUGUUGCGCGUGAAUGUCACAGGAGUUUUCCUUGGUAUGAAACACGCUGCCCAUGCCAUGAUCUCAGCUAAAAGAGGAGGCAGCAUCAUAUCGACAGCUAGUGUUGCCUCGUGCGUUGGCGGCGCAGCCUCCCACGCCUACACGUGCUCCAAGCAUGCGAUGAUUGGGCUGACGAGAAAUGCCGCAGUGGAGUUGGGACAGUUCGGAAUAAGGGUCAACUGCGUGUCACCGUUGGGGGUAGUGACACCGUUAUCUAGGGGCUUUGAUGGGCUUAGUGAGGAGGAGCUUGAAGGUCUGUACGGUGGGGUGGCGAACUUAAAGCAUGUGACGGCUAAGGCAGAGGAUAUUGCAAAUGCUGCUUUGUUUUUGGCGAGUGAGGAGGGACGGUACGUGAGUGGGCAUAACCUCGUCGUUGACGGAGGUUUUACUGUCGUUAAUCCUUCUUUUCCAAUGUUUCAGUACCCUGAAAAUAAGGCUUGAUGAAUAUUAAUUACCAAUAAAAAAAUAUAAAUAAGGAGUAUAUUUUUAGUUAAUUAGUGCAGUAAAAUAAGUGAAUAAAGUUGUAAAUGAUCAACUUAAAGGCUUGAUUUUCUUCU